AUGGACCACCCGUACAUGAGCCCCAUCGCCACGACGUCGACGAACGUGACCAUGUCGGCUACUCGGGGCCAGCAUCAGACAUCCUCGCAGGUCCCGUCGCCGGAAGAGCAAAUGCGAAGACAGCUAGACGAGCUGAACAGAUCAGUCACGAUCGUCAUAUGGUACAAGGCCGAUCAUGAGCCUAUACGACUGCAGAAAAUCCUUCCUACGUUCCCGUACUUCCAGCUAUCGGGGUUUAGCAACAUCAUUUCCGACCUAGGUCUCUCGAGCACUUCUUAUCUUGACACCUACAUCCCGGAUUCGAGUCAAUGGGAGCAGCAUACCAUUUCUUCUGUCCGAAUUGUUGGUACACAGCAGCGACUGUUAUAUCGCGUCCGCCGUAGUCUGGUCGACGGCUUGUCUGAGGACCAAUGCCCGCGCAUUCAGGAUGAACUUCAAAUGCAAUCCAACUGUGCGCCGCCACCACUACUACCGACGCACACAAGGGCGCCGUCAUUUCAUGGCGUCGUGGAACCACGCAAUGCUUUUGUUACUGCCCUGUACAAUCAGGCGUCGGAUAAGGGUUUAGUCCUGGUCCGGGCCUCCCCGGCAUCCAGGAAGACUACUUUCAUGACACUCCUGUUACGGUAUAUCCUCGCUGUCGACAAGGAUGCACUCGUGAGUAUUUACGAUGGGUGGCCCAAUGCUGCUGAAGGCAUGAACAUUGACCAGCGUUUCGACCAGCUGGCCGAUGGGCCGUCUACCUUUACCCUGAAAUCAAUCAAUCGGUUUCAAUUGGAUGAACAACCUCGCAGAAGAUGGAUACUCUUAGACAAAGCCCAGAAAAGUUAUGGCGACGACGCCCUCUGGACCAUCUUCAAAAAUAUUCAGGGGAAGGGUGCCAACAUAGUAUGUUUUGCUACAUACGGAAGCAACGUUAUUCAAUCGAAUAUGUCUAGAGAGAAGGGCGCACCAAUCUAUAUACCAGACGACGCUCUCGUUGGUCUGUUUCCUUCGAGCGAUGUAACCCAUGGCCUCUGUUACACCAGAAACGAGUAUGACACCUACAUAGCACGUAUUCGUGAUUCCGUCGCCUCAAGAAUCGUCAUCAACAGUGUGCCUCCGGCUCCCGAUCUAGCAGAUCAUAUCUUUGUGAUCACCGCCGGGCACCCUGGCGCUGUUGAGACAAUGUUAACGCUCACCAACCUUGUCAAGAAAAAACUGAACAUUAACGAGCCGGAAAUCUCGCUAGACAAUUUCUAUACAGCAUUCACGCUUGCAGAAUUUUUUUAUAGAGUCCGCAGCAGCCAAUACUCUUGCGCCCUUCCCUCCGAAGAACAACCUGUCCAACCUGAAGAAGUCGAAGCCCCCCAUCAACUUUUGGAUUUUGGCAAUCUUUCCAUUCCACCCGCUGAUUCCCGUCUUCCUGUGCUGAGCCAAAUGUGCAAGAAGGGCUGGAUAACAAUCGAGAAAUUUGACAUGGGUGGACUUUGUGUUCAGCCAUCAUCCCCACUUUUUGGGUCCUGGAUCUCCUAUUUCCUCCAAACUCGUUCGACCCUACCCAGUAGGUUCCUUGAGUGUGACCUCUUCACGUUCUGGAAAACUGUUGUCGACAACAUCUCGCUAUCAGCCCUGCGAGAGACCCCUCUUCCUCAGGUCAAGUCCUGCACCGCAACAGUCAUUGAAGAUCUCUGGCAAAAGCAAUUUUAUCGCGCAGCAUGUGCUGUCACUAAUGGUGCUAUACAGAUGUCGCCCGAAUACAGGACACCUCACGACGCUGCCCGUCAGGGUCGGAUCGACUUUCUGGUUAUCAAACGAGGGUGGGGAAUUGAAAUCAUCCGGGAUGGCAACGAAUUGGAACAGCAUGGAUCCCGGUUCAAGCCAGGGGGCGCAUACCACCCAUGGAUCUCUGGGAAUAUCUUGCAAGAAUACGUAAUGCUAGACUUCCGGAGGACGACACCGAUGAAAGCACAUCCUUCGCUUCCUCAACUAUUCCAUGUUGUCUUUGCAGAGGAUUAUUCAACAUAUACAGCGGCUGCAUCUACGUCUCUCCGAUCUACGACAGCAGGCAGAGCCAACAUUGUGUCAGGUUAUCUCAUCGCGGCUGUUCUUCGCGCACUUUCAGGGGCUUCUCAAGUUGAAUUCACCAGCGGAAGGGCUGCAUCAUUGUCGUGGCAAAUUUUACAAAACAUAUUAACAUAG